UUAGCUUUGCGCAUCUUAUACAAAUGGACAUGCUCCGUGUAUUACCUUGAGGAGAAGGUACGACUCUUCGACUUCACUUCCGGGCUUCAACGGAAAUACCCUCGGCGUCGCACGUGCAUCGGGAGUUCCAUGGAAGGAGUCCAUUAAUCGUCAGCCUUGGGUCUGCAAGUUUACCAAGUCCUAAAGAACACCAAUUUUCAAGGAUCAAUAUAAUGAAUGAAACAUUAGCAAAUAAUCCCAAUGUGGCGGACUAUGAGCUUUUACAAGUAAAAUAUGUACCCGUGAGACAAGAACAACUGAAGAAUAUAAAGGAUCAGAAAAAGGAUACCCGGUUUCUUUAUUUUACCAUGAUAACUAGUGUUUUAACAUGGCUUUCCGGAGGCUCAUCAAUGGUUUGGCCCUCCCCUGCUAUAGUAAAACUAAAAUUAAAUAACAGAGCCGAAAAUCCCCUGGGCAGACCUAUUACCACCCUCGAAAUAUCGUUGUUGCUUGGAACACAGAGCGCAGUCUCAUUACUUGGUUCUGCUUUGUUACCAAAAUUGUCUGAUAUAUUGGGAAGAAAGCGCUGUAUACACCUAAUGGGAUCAGCAAUGUUCCUUAGUAUGUUAGCAUUGGCAUUUGGUAACAAUAUAUAUCAAUUUAUCAUUUUUUUUACACUCACUUUAACCUUUUUCGCUGGGAUUAUGGGUGUCUUACCAAUGUACCUGACUGAAAUAUGCGAAGAUCAUAAUAGGGCUAAAUUUGGUUGUCUAAUGGCCGUUUGUCUACCUUUAGGUCAACUGUACACAUUUCUAAUUGGACCUUUAUUAAGUAUUCAGUGGUACACCCUUCUAUUAGCAGUACCUUUAUUACCCUUUGUGGUGCUGUUCCCUCUUGUACCUGAGAGUCCAUUGUUUUUACUAAAACACGAGAAGGAAAAGGAAUGCAUGUUUGCUAUAAGAAAACUAAGAAGCAACAAAACUGAUGAAGAGUUAAAAAAUGAUUUUCUUAGCAUCAGUUUAGGUUUAGAAACAAACGUACAACAUGGAAACAAAUUUAUUAAGCUAUUCAAUACCAAGGAGGGCAGAUAUGGUUUAUUAUUGGCUAUAAUCCCAAUGUUUACACAGUUUUUAUCAGGAAUGCCAGUCAUACUACCCCUCUUAGCUCCUAUUUUUAAUGAGUCUGGAUCGAAUAUGUCAGGAAAUGCCAUAGCAAUAUGUGUAGGAGUAACAAAACUAACGUGCUACCUUUUAACCUUAUUAGUAGUUGAAAAAGUUGGAAGAAAACCGUUAUUGUUGUUAUCUUCUAUGGGUACGGGUUUUUCCAUUUUUAUUCUGGGAACAUUUUUUUAUCUGAAACAUAUAGAUUACUAUUUAAUUAACCAGAUACACUGGAUACCUCUUGUAAGCAUAUUGUCAUUCAUUAUUUUUUAUUCACUAGGACUAGGUUCAAUAUCUUUAGCAAUGAUCAGUGUCAUGUUCACUGUAGAGCUCAGAUCUACCGCUAUGUCUUUCAUAAUCACAACCACGUACUCUUUGGUGGCUUUCUACAUGGCCCUGUAUCCUUUGGUAUCUGAAGCUAUUGGAAUCCAUUGGUGCAUGUGGCUAUUUGCAACAACCACCUUUAUUGGCUGUUUUCUAAUGUACAUGUUUUUACCAGAGACUAAAGGAAAGAGUAUCGAAGAAAUACAAGAUAUUUUAAAACAUAUGUAACAGUACAUUAUUGUUACUAUUAGACAAUUUUUAUUUAUUAUUUAUAUAUUUUUGUGUUAUGCAAAAUAUUUUUAUUGAUAUUGGGAUAAACCGUAAUCGUACCCCCUCCUAACUGCCAAAGUGUCAUGGCCGCCGUCGGGACCUAUUGUGCUGACAUUUACAAUGUUUACAUAUAGAAAAGUUUGUUUUUUUCUGCUUAUAAUGCCGUUUUCUAAAGAUAUUAGUGAACAAAAUCGAUUUGCUAACAAUAUUUAAUAUAUUUUAAAUGUGCUAAAAUUGGAUUCAACAGCAAAAGUCGCAUAAAUAACAUAUAAAUAACGAAUUUGUUUACCUAUUACAAAUGGGGUUAUGUGGUUGUAACUGUUUAUUUUGGGAAUAAAAUGAAAAUGAUCAAUUAAACGACUGGAAAACUAUAGUGAAGUGAAGAACAUCUUGAAGUUCCAAUGAUGUUUCAAGAUGAGAUAAAUCGAAAUAAUGGUUGUAUGUUAGAAGGACAGAGAAUACGAAGAAAUGUUAUUGCUGCAUACUUGUGUAGUGAAAUACAAACUUCAAACAUUAUAACAUAUUUUUUUAUUUCAAACAUUUCAUAUGAUUAUGAAAGAACAUCUUCCUCUUUAAAACAAUGAAGAAGUGAAGAACAUAAUAAAGUUCCAACGAAAAUGAUUCCAGAUGAGGAAAAUCGAAAUAAUGGUUGUAUGUUACGUGUAUAGAGAAUACGAAGAAAUGUUAUUGCUGCAAACUUAGUGUAGUGAAUUAAAAACUUAUUGUCAAAUACAAAUCAAUUUAUUUCAUACUUUUAUAAUAUAUAGUGGUACAAUUUUAUAUGUGUUCAAAUAAAAAUAUUAAUAAAUAAAAUACAAUAAACACAAA